AUGGCAGUCUCGCGGGGCGAGGAGCACCGACAAUCGCAUUUGUUUUGUGGUGACUGCAUUCCGGGUCCACUGAUCCCCAGUACCGAUGCAAAAGCUCUCCUUCUGGCCUUUCGUACGGAUGAGGUGGAGACGGCUGUUGGAUUUCAACUGGAACUUCACUUCCUCUCAAUCUCCCACCCCAAUUGGAGGGGAGAUGGCAAAAGUCAAAAAAAGAAAGCUCCAAUAAUUCCUGCCUGUGAGUUGCCUCUUGCAUUGGCGCUCUGA